AUUUAUUCGAUCGAGACAGCGGCUUCUGUAUCAAUUUCGUAUAAAGAUAAUACUAGUCAGUACAGUCAAUUUGAGUCGCAAUAAUAAAAGCAAAUUCAGUUUUAAUGGUCAAGUUCAUCAGAAAGUAAACAGCUGCUCAAAUGAAGUUGAUAAAAAAUUGUGUACUUUGUGUAGGUGUGCAUUUGAUAAUUUUCACUUUAGUGAAUCAGUCUAUGGGACAAUCAUUGAUAAAGUGGGAAGAUUAUCUUCAAAAUGUUGGACAGAAAUUCAUAAGCAUUCUACAAGAACGUGAAAUCACUGGUGACGGCAUGCCAAUGAGAGAAUUUAAUGCAACUAUUAACCAAACUUUGUACGACAUCAGUGCCAUUGGUAUAGCAAAGUUUCAUUCGGGAUUUAUUGCUAAAAUAGAUGCAAGUGGCAUACUAUCUACCUCUUACCGUUCACAAGUUCUAGAAGCAUUCAGUAAUGCCUAUUGCUAUCUGACAUUCGAUGGAGUACAAACGGUUUACGAUGUUGACUAUGAAUACGAUGACUUUAAACGACGUGGAUCUGUGUUGACUUGGUACAAGCAAUUGCAAUUCGAAAUGAAGGUUGAACGAAAUCAUACGACAAAUGAAGUCAAGCCGACCAUUCGAUUAUACAAUACGGGCAGUCAAAAUGAUUAUGUGGUAAAAGUUGAUCCCAACAAUGGAUACACUCAGCUUACUGCAAAAGAAAUUAAACGGAAUAUCCCAUUUAGACAGCCCAUAGCGGACUCAUUUCAAGACUGGGCUGACUCGUGGACCGAUGAGUUAGCUACGGCCACUGCUGAAUAUAAAUUUCCAGAAAUUUGCUACUACUGCCCCUGAUGGGCUGUCAACCAAUUACUAAAAUUUAACAUAAAUACCAAACAUGCAA